AUGGACAACGAUGAAGAUAUAGAAUUAGCUAUGGCCGUUGUAGGUUUUAUUAUAGUAGUAGUUGGGGCAUGGUAUGGUCAAAGGUAUAGGAUAAAUGAGAUAACAUGGAAUGAAUGCGACCGUGCUCAAAGACGAGCUACAUGGAUGAACACUUUAAGGACUGAUAGGAUAUGUCGAGAGAAAUUUCGUCUCGACAUAUGUCGUUUUGAGAAGUUAUGUCAUGUUUUGCAAACUAAGGGGGGGCUAGUGACCACGAAAUGUCACGGUGAAAGAAAUAGUGGCUUUAUUCCUUCAUACACUUGGCAUGAUUUGAAGAACAGGACAAUGCAAGCCCUCUAUGCUCGUUCUGGUGAGACGGUGAGUCGCCAGUUUCACGUAGUGUUAGCAUCAAUGCUCAAGCUUGGAAAGUACUAUAUCAAGCAAAUAGACCACAACACUAAUUAUGCUGACGAUAACAAAUGGAAGUGGUUUGAGGGUGUUGUUGGAGCUCUCGAUGGGACACACAUUAAAAUGACGGUCUCUGUCGAGGAUCGGCGCCCUCGUUAUCGAGAUAGGAAAGGGGAUCUUAGCACCAAUGUUUUAGCCACUUGUGAUCCAAACAUUCGUUUCACAUAUGUUCUACCUGGUUGGGAAGGAUCCACAUCUGAUCCUCGUGUCCUUCGUGAUGCUCUUCGGAGGCCUAAUGGUCUAAAAGUACCUAGAAGCUUUUCUAAUGCUGAAGGUUUCUUAGCUCCUUACAAAGGUACUCGAUACCAUUUGAAUUUAUGGCGAGGGAACACUCCUACAUACUACAAAGAGCUUUUUAACUUGCGGCACUCAUCCGCUCGAAAUACCAUUGAAAGAGCAUUUGGGUUGUUGAAGAAGCGUUGGAGUAUCCUUAGAGAUGCUAGUUUCUUCCCCAAAAAAAUUCAAAUUAGAAUCAUGAAUGCUUGCUUCAUCCUCCAUAACUUUUUAAGGGAGGAAAACAUGGAAGAAACAAGUCUUAUGCAAGAGGUAGAAGAAGACCUAUUAAAUAUGGAAGCAAUAGACGAAGAAGAUGAAGAAGAUGAUUAUAUUUUAACCGCUCGUUCAACUAAUGAAUGGAAUGAGUUUAGAGAUGACCUUGCUAAGAAUAUGUUUGAUGAAUAUCUAGAGCGAAGGGCUCAACUUAUUUGA